CUUGUCCCCGCAUACCGGACCCAAACAAACAGACGACGGCGACAGAGGAUCGGCUUGCGAAUUCUGCCCGCCCUUCUACUUACCCUCCGCCCUGGUCCUUGCAGCGGAGAUGGAGGACGACCUUGAGUACUACAUUACCUUCCCGACGCCGACGCCCAAGGAGACUCACAGGCGAGACGAGGGGGAUGAAGAAGAGGACUUUGUAUUUGUUGAUGGAGCUAAUGGUGAGAAGGAGCCAGUUGUGUUUCUCCUUGGCUGGCUUGGAGCAGAAGAUCGACAUUUGGCCAAAUAUUGCAGUAUCUACAACCAAAGAGGGUGUAUUACCAUCCGUUAUACCUCUCCCACAUCUUACUUGUUUGUAAGACCCAAAGUGAAACUGAUGCCAAUUGCUCGUAAACUCCUUGCAUUACUGAAGGACAUGAGCCUUGAUGACCAUCCUGUUUUUUUCCACAUGUUCAGUAACAAUGGAUCUGUGUUAUAUUACUACAUAACUCAGGCAAUGGAAGAAGAUGUGGCACCAAAUUUGAUGGUUAAAGGAUGCAUUUUUGACAGUACUCCAUCACCUAGGAGACUUUACUCAGGUGUGCGAGCGAUAUAUGAGGUGACAUCAGGUUCAGUGUGGAUGAAGCUGUGUGCAUCAGUAGGCAUGAUGCUGUUCUUGAUGGGAUGGAGGGUCCUUUCUGUGUUGUGGACUAUUAUCUCUGGAAAGCUCCCUAAUACUCCACCAUGGGCUCUUGUGGAGGACAAAGCUCGAUGCCCACAACUCUUUCUGUAUUCACGUGCUGACAAACUUAUUAACUACAAUGAUGUUGAAUAUUUUGUAGCUGAACGUCAGAAGCUUGGAGUUCCUGUUGUUACAAAAUGCUGGGAUGAUUCUGCUCAUGUUCAACAUUACAGGGUACACCCAGAUUCCUACAGUUCUUCAGUUUAUUCAUUCAUCAACAUGUGCCUCUCACCAGAUUUCAUAAGUAGUAAGGUCACUGCUGAUGCAUCAGAGGAUGCUGAUAAACAGAAGAGUGAUUAGAGAGUAGUUGUUACAAUCGUGUUACAGGUCCAGAACAGACACUUAACCCAUUGCCGUUAGGGAUACCAUGACUACUUGAUUGUCUUUACACAUAGAGUCUCCACAAGUACUUUCCUGGAUUUUUGGAAAUAAUUAUUUUAUCUUGUAUAGCUGUUAGUAAUGUUAAUAACAUUAUAAGGAUUAUAAUAUCUAUUAUAAUAAUGACAGCAUCAAUAUUGAUAGCAUUAAAAAUAUAUAUAUUUUGACAAAAAACUCUGGGAAAAAUAAAAUCAAGUGAGGUCAUGAGAUUGACUAAGUGACUACUUGGUGGCCAAACACUUGUGGAGCCAUCAGCGUGUAGAGACAUUUCACAAAACAAUGCUACAGUAAACAUUAACUUUUCCAUGUGGCACUGGAUUAAUGUACCUUAUAUAUAAUGGCUUUAUGAAGAAGAUUUAAGUAUUGUGUUGAACUUGGGGUCACAGUGCUUAUGUAAAGUAUGUGAUGAUACAAAGGUGUUUUAUCAGCAAAAAUUUGACCAUCUUCUCACUAAAUUCCAUUUUUAACAUGUUCAGGUAGGUUCAGAUAGAGGUAAAUCUUUUAUUGCAAAUACAUUAGGACAAGGUAGGCUAUACCAAUAGUUUUAAAAUUAGGUGCUGUGGCAGUACCCUGAGGUGGUGCAUGGUUCAAAAUGAAAUCAAAUUUAUGGAUGCAGUAAGUUAUUGUCACUCUUCUGGUGAGCAAAUAACAUUUGAGAAUGAAACUUAUGUUUAUGUUUAUGUAGGAAGGAUUGUGUAAACUUAAGGGUCACUGAAAAAAGGUUUGGGAACCAGAGGGCUCUCUACCUUCUAUAUAUAUUUUAAGAGUCAUCUAGUGAGAAUAUUUUUAAUGUUUUGAUAGAAUCUGGUUAAAAAAUGUGUAACAAUCUAUGAUAUCAUGAAAUACUUCUGAAAACUGGGGUGACCUUGAACAUUUUUAAAAGUGUAUUAAACUGGAUAGCCCUAAGAACCACCUUGUCCCUUGCUGUUUGAAAAUCCUGACUCUUUGGGUUUUGCUAAAGCACAUUUUAGUUCAUGGCAUCUCAAAUGCUUGCUGGAAAAUGAAUAUUUCUUUGACAUAUGUCAGAUACAUAGAGCACAAAGUUGCAGAAGUUAUCACAGUUACCUCUUGUUUAUGAAAAUGAGAUGAAUUAUCAUAAACAAGUAAAUAUAACACAUAUAAAGCAACAGAAACAUAUUUGUUUAAUAUGAAGCUAUAGAAAAUGUAUUUAGAUGUAUUUGUGCAUAUUUGUAUGUAUAGAUAAUAAACAAAAACAACAUAUAUAAAGAGGUGACUGUGAUAUUUAACCAUUUGGAUCAAAUGGGUCGUGGCUUGUGCAUGGAUUGAAAUCAGGGCAUUUGGCUCACUUGAAUGGCCACUCUCCUGGGUGUGUGGCUUGUAUGCCCAGCCCACAUGAAUACUCCUUGGAUUCUUUUUGCAGAGCUAAACUACUUUCUGCAGAUGUGUGUUUGCUAUAUUGCCAUUUGCUAUUUGUUAUGCUAUAUCAAGAUGGUUUUCAGUGAGCAGUCUCCAUAUCUUUCCAGGUACAUGUUUUUUUUUUUUUUUUUUUUUUUUCUUAAUUAAAAAAAUGCAAUAUCAAAACAGCAAAAGACUGUUUUUGUUGAUCAUACUUCAUAUUAUCUCUCUUGAAAAAUUGAAAAAAUACAGAGAUAUUUAAAAAAAUUUAAAAAGAUAUUAAAAACUUGUUAUUGUACAGAGUUGUAGACUACCUAGGAAGAGGAUAUGGAGUCUGUGCAAGGAUAUGGAGUCUGUGCAGAUUUGCCAUCUGCAACAUGCACAUAAAUUAUAGUUGUUCAUUUGGGGAGCAGUAAAACAGCAACUGUUCUCUGAUGUCACCCUUAAAUGAAAGAUGACCAUGGAUUAGGUUAUGGUGGGCAGGAGUAAAAUAAAGUUAAUGUCAUUUGUGAUAAGUGCAAAUAAUAUUAAGGUUGAUAUGACUCUCCAGAUUUUUUUUUUUUUUUUUCUUGAAGGAAGAACUGUCCUAUUGAACCAGUCAGCCUCAAAUUAAAAAUAUCUUGGUACUAUUCAUAAUUUGCUAUGCACAUUUGAAUCCUCUCCUGAAAAUAGUGGUCACACUAGUCUUGUCUGUCCAAGGAUCCCUUUACAGAGCGAGAUAAAUCCCUAGCUGUGAGGGAAACCAAGAGGAAAAUUCUUGCCAAGUGCAGCACGGAGUGAGAAUUGCUGUAUUUGUCUUUCACCCCUACUACAGAGCAGAAACUAUAAUUACCAGAAAGCUUAUUACUUAAUUGUCUAAAUGGUGAUUAUUAUAUCAUGUUAGGUAUAAUUGUACUGUAAUAAUAAAAAAUUAUAUGUUGCAACUAACAAUGGAUCCUUACUAAACAUUCAUUUGGUCCAUGGAUGCAAACACCCACCCACUCUGACACUGAAGACAUGGAGCUCAUUUUGGAAAUUAUACCCUUCUGGACAAAGUGAAAGCCAGAGAAGAAAUAUCAUGAUGGCAGAAAGUUAAUAAUAACAAUAAUGAAUGAAAUCAAUGGAAACUUUCCUUUGCACAAGUUAUAAUUGUAUGGCUGGCAAGGUGGUGUUAUGAUCGACAAUUAAUAAUACUUUACUCGUUUCAAUUAUAGUAUUUGUUUCCUCCCAACUUUAGUUUUUAUUAGUCUAUAAUUACGUUUUUCAUAUAUCACUAAUUACACUAAUAGUGGUAUAUGUUAUGAUUUUUUUUUUUUUUUUUUUUUUGUCAGAUGUUCUAUUUCUGUUGAAAUGUAGGGUAUCAUGGUAGCUGGGACAGAUGUAUGAUAAUUAAUAAAAUGGGUGGCUUGGC